CCGGUCCGAACUGAGUGGAAACUCCAUGGAGCAUGUGCUGAGCGCCUCUGUACAGGACCUGGAGGUCAACGCCCUCUCAGGCCACCUGUUCUGGACGUCCGCGCACGCCGUGGAACGUGCCCGUCUGAACGGACAGGACAGGACCCGCUACUGGAGCGUGGAGAAUUUCUCAGGCAGGCAGCUGGCUGGGAUCACGCUGGACACCCUCGGGGAGAUGGUCUACUGGCUGGUCAGUGGGCUGGACAUGCUGGACUUGUACCGGGCUAGCAGCACUGUGGAUGGGCCACUUGUAUCCAGCACAGUGCAACUCCUGGGACCAGUCCAUUCCUACACUCUGAGUCAUGUUCUUCACUUCUACGACGGAAAGCUGUUCUGGCUGGACUCGGACUCGAGACUCGCCGUACGUGACGUCAACAGCUCUGAUGUCACCACUGUCCCCAUGGCAACUGGCAAACUUACCACGUUCACCGUCGUCCAGCCUUCCCUUCAGCCCCUGCCUGUUGGGUACAACUCGACCCCCAGCGUAGUCCCAGAGGUCGUUCACCCCUCGGAGGUCGCGGUUUCGGGCACGUGGGACGACUUUAACAUCACCUGGGCAACGGCCAGGGGCGUGGAGUACGGAACGACCUUGUACGACCUCACACUGCAUUAUGGGAAUAGGCUGUACGCAAAGGUUACCAGUGACAACCACUACACCAUCGCUGAUGCCCCGCCCUACACCCCGCUGGUCCUGACCCUGUUACCUUUCACCUACUGGGGGUCAGCAGGUCAGGUCACAGUUCAUCUCAGGUCACCAGAGUCAGCCCCAACAGUCCCAGUCAGGCCCAGGGUUUUCAUCACAGAGAACUCAGACCCCCUCUCCACACUCACCACCUACACCGCACAGUUCCGCUGGUCACCUCCGCAACAGGAAAAUGGACUCAUCCAGGGGUACAACGUGUUCUACCAGAACGCCUCCUCCCAGAAUGCAUCAGCGGGGAGUUCCGUUGCCAUGACAACCGUGUCAAACAGCACUUUCCAGUUUACUCUGGAGAAUCUAGAGCCUGGGACAACUUACACUUUUCAGGUGGAAGCCUUCACCUCAGCUGGCAUCGGGCCGAGAACCCCGGCUGUCAACGCCAGCACUCAAGUUGUUAGCCCUCCACCCCAGCUGCUUGUCAUCGGUGAUGCUGGGCUCUCAUUGGCUGACAUGGACACCAAUCAGGAGACAGCUCUGACCCAGGUGGACGUUGACCCCGUUGCCGUUGGUUACCUGGGGCAGGAAGAUACCAUUCUGUUUGUGGACGCGGGGAACGACAGGCUGUUCUCUGUGAAGAGGGACGGGACAGACCUGAAACAGCUUGUUCAGCUAGACUCUGCCCCCGCGACCUUGGCUGUGGACUGGGUGGGGAGGGGGGCGUACUGGCUGGAGGGAGGGGGGAUGUUCCGUUACAGACUCGAGGGGGAGGACCCCACCCCCACCCAGCUGGCAUCUGGGCUGGGUCAGACAGGAGAGUUAGUGAUCGACCCCUUAAAGAGCACCCUGUUUUGGACAGCAACAGUCGACAACAGAACCAACAUCUGGACAUCAGACUUGGAAGGAACCAACAGAGCUCCACUCUUCCCCUCCUCACCUCAACGUAACAGGAGGGAAGCCAACACCCCUGCUCCUGCCACAGUGGCACCUCCCGCCUGCACCUGUCCACAGGACAUGGCUGUAGGGCCGGGUUUGUCCAUUGACGGAGUGGGAGGUGGCAGGCCUGAGGUGUAUUUCUGUGGAGAGGCAGUGAUCUGGGCAGCUGAUACACAGGGGUGUACCUGUAGGGUUGUGUACAACGGGACAGGUGAAACAGACACAGGUCUCCCCUGUGACUCCCUAACCGUGGACACCUCCCAUGUUUACUGGACCAACUCUGAGCAGAACCUGCUCUGUAGCCUGGAGAAGGCCUCUGGGCGAGACAAGACGUGUCAGGACAACCCAGGAGCCAACUCUGUGCUGUCCUUCAGUCCCAGUCUACAGCCAUAUCCUGGUAAGUGA